AUGACAACAACUUCACGGGCGAAUCUCAUCGCACGAACAGUCAUACAACAAUUCUCCAAGCUUCCCUCAAAAAGGAAGCCCACGGUCAGAAAUAACGGACUACACGAAUGGGUCCCGCUAAGUGGCAUUGUUGCUGAACAAGAGGGACGUCUAACCUGUCUAGCCUUGGCGACGGGCAUGAAAUGUCUUCCGGCAUCCAAACUCCACGAAGCAAACGGCAAUGGAAUCCACGACUGGCAUGCAGAAGUUCUUGCUAUGAGAACAUUCAACCGGCUCCUUAUAGACGAAUGUAAAGCUUUGCAAACAGGAAACCCGGCGUCAAUUUUGCAAACGUGCGGUUCUCACGGUCGUCGACCAUUCACUAUCAAAGAUGACGUCAAGCUGCACAUGUAUUGCUCCGAGGCACCUUGUGGAGAUGCUAGCAUGGAGUUGAUAAUGGCAGCGCAAGACGACGCAAGCCCUUGGGACAUCCCUCCGUUGCCGUCAGAAUCAGAAUCACCAACAGCGUCACUACCAGGCCGCGCUUACUUCUCCCAAUUAGGUGUUGUCCGACGCAAGCCUGCGCGAGGGGACGCACCUCCAACGCUAUCGAAAUCUUGUUCCGACAAAAUCACCCUGAAGCAAUGCACAUCGCUGCUUGCAUCGUUGACCUCACUUCUCGUCGAUCCGUGCAACGCCUACAUUGACACAUUAGUGUUGCCGGAGUCUCAGUUUUCCGCUACAGGAUGUAAGAGAGCGUUUUCAGACCGCGUCAAGAAUCUGGAAAAUGUAUCUUGGCCGGGAGGAUACAAGUUCCGUCCGUUCACAGUUGAGACUACGGAGGAAGAAUUCGAGUUUUCGAGAAAGAUUGUAAGAGAGAGAUCUGAGAAAAUUGCACCCAGUAAUCUUGCCGCUGCGUGGUCAGCGUCUGGUGUAGAGGAGACUAUACUGGGUGGUGUCAUUCAGGGGAGGAAGCCGUUCGAUGUGAGGGGAGCAAGUAGGAUGUCCAGGAGGCAGAUGUGGAUUGCGGCCAGAGAGAUAUCAGAGUGCUUGGAGGGCCGUAGGGAUACGAAGCAGCUGUUGAGCAGUGGGACUUACAAGGAAGUCAAGGAGGGUGAGUUGUUGGCGGAUAGACGACAUGUCAAGAAGCAUGCCCGGGAAACUGCCUUGGUGGGCUGGAUUCCAAACCAAGGUGAUGCGAGCUUUUCAAUAGAUACUUAG